AUGACUAAGGCAACCAGGAAGCCACCGCAGUCAAGAAGAGUUGCAACGCGGUUUGCUUCAAGGAAGAAUGGAAAAAAGAAGACCCUUUGUCACAGGAGGUGCAGAGGCAGUAUGAAGGCACGAAAUAUGACCAUGAGGGUCAGAAGACCUCUACAAGGUGCCCUCAGAAAGAAAAUCCGAUCGUAUGCCACUCAAUCGACGAAGGUGAAGAAAACAAGAAAAGCAAACUGUUUCUUCUCUCGCUGUGGACGAAAGAAAUUGAAUCGAAGCCGAAAAAGGUACCAAAAGAUGAGGCAGAGACAAGGAAGGAGGCAGAAUCAAAGGAGAAAAUAA